AUGAAACCAACAUUAUCUCAAUCAGAUAAUCAUCCAUAUUCAAGAAAUUUAUUAAAAAAUCAUCAACAACGUUCUCAUUCAAUGCAACGAACAACAUCUAGUACAGAAGAAAUAUCUGGUGAUAUACUCACAGAUUUAUCAUCAGCACCAUAUAUGACAAAUAGCAAAAUUUCUAAUAAACGUAAUAGAAGAUAUAGUGAAGUAAAACCAUCUCAUAUAAAACAAGUUCAAGCAACACAUUCUGAACGACGUAAUUCAGCUUCACAAAUUAAUUUUAGUGCUUUACUUCCAAAUCCUUUUCGUUCGAAUAAACAUUAUAAAAAUUUAAUAAAAGACGAGACAAAUACAACACCUAAUAGUAAUUCUUCACCACAUUACAACGAUAUGAUGACAAUGAAAACCGAAUCACCUUCUUCAAUGCAUCCACGAACAAAUUCGUUAAUUAGUUAUGAUCAAUCAUCAUCCUUUACACAAGAUGAUUCAAGAUCAUAUUCGAUUUCGUCUGUUACAUCUUCAUUUAUGUUUGAUCCAAAUCAAUUAGAAGCAUGUUCAGCUGAAAUACUUAAACUUGAAUUACAUACACCAGCAUGUGUAGGAGAACAUUACCGUCAAUAUUUUCUUGAAUCUUUUCAUACAAAUUAUUGUGGUGAAUUUGAUCCAGAAAAUCCUUUUAUAGCAUCACUUCGGUAUUUUUAUACAAAACCUGUUGAAGGUAUUGAUGGAAUUUGUCAAGCAAGAGCUAUUAUUCGUACACCAAGUCGUAAUGAUGUUGUAUCUACAAUCGUUAAUGGAACAAAUGAAGAUAAUAUUCUUCAAAUAUUAUUUAAUCAAGCAAAUUUACCAACAAUUCAAACAUAUAAACCUAUUGGUGAUCCAAAAGCAAAUCAAAAAAUUUAUUUAUUUGAUAAAUUAAAUGAUGAAAGACACAAUUGUAAAAUUGGUUUGAUUUAUCAACGUUCCGAUCAAACACUUGAAUAUGAUAUUUAUAGUAACGAUUUUCUCUCAAUAGAUUUAUUAGAUUUUCUUCAAAUGUUAGCUGAACGUGUACGUUUAAAAGGUUUUAAUAAAUAUCGUGGUGAUCUUGAUGUAAAAGAUGAUUUAAAUGGAGAACAUUCUUAUUAUGUUCAUUAUAAAAAUCAUGAAAUUAUGUUUAAUAUAGCUCCAAUAAUUCCAUCAACAAAAACUAAUGGACAAUGUAUUGAGCGUAAAGGUCUUGUAGGAAAUGCAUUUGUUUGUAUUGUUUUUCAAGAACCAAAUGCUGAAUUUUCACCUGAACUAAUAUCAGGAAAAGUAACACAAAUCUAUAUAACAGUACAACCAAAUAAAAUCAAUGAACAAGUUUAUUAUAAAGUUGGUAUUUGGCAUCGUAGUGAUGUAACACAAACAAUAGACCCAUCCGGUGGAAUGUAUUUAAAUGAUCAUGCGUUUAAAGAUUAUUUUCUAACAUUAUUACUUAAUUCAGUUAAUGUUGCUAUUGAAUCACCAAGUUUACGUUGUCGUAUAGCACAACAAAGGCAAAGAUUAAAACGUGAAGAACUUAAAAAACUUGCACAAACAUUAUCUGUUGGACAAAUUUUAAAUUUAUCGAAUGAUGUUGAAAAUAUAAAUUGUAAUGUUGAUCAACAAUUUAAUAAUGUAUCAAAUUCAACACUCGAUAAUUCUAUUCCAACAUCUGGUCGUACAAAACGAGGUUUUUCAAAAAUAUUCAAUGUAUUUUCUAGUCGACAAAAUUCGUUUGCAUCUAACACACCAUCGCCUACAACAAGUCAUCCUCCAGCAUUUCCAAAUUUUAAUAUGCCAUCGUUAAAUCCACCAUCACCAGAUAUAAAUACAAUACAAACUAAAACAAACAUGUCAUCAAAUAGAGAACCUAUGAAACGAACAACAUCUGCAGGUCGUCCAGCACCUCCACCUCCGCCCUCACCAGCAAUUCCUAUACCAACACUUAUACCACCACCUAUACCACCUCGUAAUCCAGUUUCAAAGUCAGUCAGUAAUUCAUCUAUUCAACCUUCUGCGAAUGAUACAAAAUUGUCACAAAAUACAAAUGAAGUGGAUGAACCUUCACGUAACCGAUCAAAUUCAUCACCAGGAAAUAGUAGUACUGCAACUAAACCUCCAUCAUCAACUGUAUCAAGUAUAAGUGAAGAAGUCGAUAAUUCAAGUAGUUUAGGUGAUGAUGAUUUUGAUGAUGAUGAAUUCAGUGAUGAUAACAAAAAUGACCAUCGUCCAACAUUAACUGCAUCUUCAAUAAUCUUACCACCAAAUCUGAAUUCAUAA